GAAAUAGCACAACAAUAAUCAACAAAAGCCUCUCUGGCUGGCUGGCUCUGCGGCCUUGGCGUCCAGCCUCUCCCUCUUCCUCUCCCGCGCAUGCACAAAGGCAGGGAGGUCUCUUUCCCUUGGUCGUCGUCGUCGUCGCCUCCUCCUCCUCCUCCUACAUCCAGCCAUCGAGAGGAGUCGCUCGAUCGGGUCCGGCCGGCCGGUGGCAGAGAGACGAGAGGAGCGAGGAGUGUGUCCAUCCAUCGUCGCCUUCUUCUUCUUCAGUCGAUCGGGGUUGAUCUCUUGGACGAGAGAGAGAGAGAGAGAAAGAGAGAGAGAUCGAAAGGCCCAACAAAUAAUGGAGUGCCUGCUGGGGCUGCUGAAGGUGCGCGUGGUGCGCGGCGUCGGGAUGGCCAUCUGCGACCCGCUCACCCACAGCAGCGACCCCUACGUCGUCCUCCGCCUCGGCUCCCAGAAAGUCAAGUCAAGUAUAAAAUAUCAUUCCAUCAAUCCAGAAUGGAAUGAAGAACUCACCUUAUCAAUCACAAACAUGAUGCUGCCUGUCAAAAUUGAAGUCUUUGACAAGGACACUUUCACCAAGGAUGACAGCAUGGGUGACGCCGAGUUCUGCAUCCUGGACUUCGUCGAGAUCGCCAAGAGGGACCUCAGCCAUGUCCCCGACGGCACGGUGAUGAAGACGAUCCACCCGGAGAAGGAGAACUGCUUCGCGACAGAGAGCCAGAUCACAUGGAAGGACGGCAAGGUGUCCCAGGACAUUGUCCUCAAGCUCAGGAACACCGAGGCCGGCGAGAUCAUCCUGAACCUUCAGUGGGUCAACAUCCCAGGUGUCGCCCGGUGAUUCGCGGCGGCGCCGGCG